AUGAAACUCUCAAGCCGACAGACAGAUACGACGAUCGAGUUAACGGAUGUACGGUUUAGAUCAUUACCGCACCAAAAACAACAGGAAAAAGCCCGCCCCGACGCGGCACGUGAUCUUCACUUUCAUGACCUGUUUCGAUACGCAUCAAAACGGGACACGAUCAUUGUUGCUUUCUGUUCUAUGUGCGCUGUCGCAACCGGUGCGCUCCGCCCGUUCCUGAUGCAAGCUACCGGCUCGGUUGCAGGUAUCUUUCGAAAAUACCACAUUGGUCAGGCGUCAGAGGCUCAAUUCCUCCAAGAGGUGGCUCAGACUGCCCGGUUCUGUUUGUAUCUGGGCAUCAUCAUGUUUGUCACCUCCUACUGCUCCAAUUCGGGGUUUGUGUACACAGGGCAGAGCAUCUCGGACAAGAUACGCAGAAAGUACUUUCAUAGCAUCCUCCACCAGGAUAUGGAAUAUUUCGAGCAGAUAGGCACUGGUGAGGUAUCAAUGCGUACGAUCGAGAGUACAGAGACAAUUCAAAGCGCAAUAUCCGAACGGGUCCCACAAGCCAUCACACGCAUCGCGCUCUUAGCGACUAUCUGCAUUCUUGGCCUAAUGAGGAAUUGGAAAUUGUCAUUAAUACUCCUUUCCGGUUUGGUUCCUACCGCCAUAGCCGUUGCUACGGCCCGCGCUUUUAUCAAACAACUAGAGAAGCAAGCAGCACGACGAUCAGAGGAGGCGGCGAGCUUUGUGCAAGAGGUAUUUGCCAACAUACAAAACGCCAUGGCGUUCUGCACCCAAGAAAAGUUCGUUCACUGCUUCAAUGUCAGAUUUGGCAGAGAUAUAACAAAAGCAUCCUUCCAUGCAAUUUGGGCCUUUGGCAUAUCUAGGGCGUUGAACACGACACUUUCUUUUCUCAUCAUCGCGCUAGGCUUCUGGCAGGGCAACAAGUACAUUGCCUCUGGGCAGGCCACCGUGGCAGAUGUUGUUACAAUUGUGCUUCUUUUCAGCAUCGGGGUCAGAAGUGCUUCAGGAUUUGGAGCGAAUGUCCAAGUUUCGGCGGCUGCGACUGCGGCUGCAAGAAAUCUGUAUCUUCUUAUAGAUCGUCUAGAUGUCGAGUCUAGAAGACCUGACUGUGAACUUCAAAAACUCGUUCCCAGUCUAGGUGAUGGAAAAAAUCUUACAAUCGAGUUCCACGACGUAACGCACGUAUAUACCUCGCGGAGUAACGUGACCGCGCUCAAACACUUGAGCCUCCGCAUACAGCCCAACAAGCUUACAGCUAUUAUUGGCCCGUCCGGAUCGGGUAAGAGUACAUUGCUCGGGUUAAUUCAGCGGUUUUACGAGCCCUGUGAGGGUCAGAUAGUCUUUGGGGGCUACGAUAUACGAUCUCUCGACGUCAAUUGGCUUCGAAAGCAGUGUGCACUCGUCUCUCAGGAGCCAUUCCUAUUUGACGGAACAAUCGCUGAGAACGUUCGCUUGGGAAUGCCCGAGACAUGGCAUAAUCGGACCCCUCAUGACAUUCAACAGGAGGUUGAAAAAGCAUGCCGUUUAGCAAAUGCUCACGAUUUCAUCGAACAACUCCCCGACAUGUACAAUACUCAGGUUGGACGUAGAGGAGCCUCAUUGAGCAUGGGUCAACGCCAACGCAUCUCAAUUGCACGAGCCAUUAUUGGACAGCCCAAAGUCCUAUUACUCGACGAGCCAUGUUCGGCCCUGGACGCGGAAAACGCCCGUGCAGUUGAGGCAUCUAUCAUGACCGCUGCGCAGGGACGGACGACUAUUGUAGUAUCGCACCAGCUGGAAUCCAUUCGACAUGCAGAUGUUAUCGUUGUUAUGGACCAUGGUGGUAUUGUUGAACAAGGAACCCAUACUGAGCUAAUGGCCAAUUCUACGGGCACUUACAGAGCUCUUGCGAACACACAAGGACUAGCCAGCGAGAGUAAGACUCUUCAACCCGAUCAAACUUAUCGAGCAAGCCGCCGUAGAAGACGUAUUGGAUCUCCUGUCCCUGUAGACUCUCAGCAAGCAACGCCAUCGGGCAAGGGUCGUCGGAAGAGCCAGAAUGCGUCUUCGGGGCGAGGUAUCUGGACACUGGCCAAGUUCAUAACACGAAUGACGAAGAAAGAACUGGUUUAUACGAUUCUGCAUUUCAUUGCCGUCUCCGCAGUGGCAUCCGCUCGACCUGUUGCCGCACUCAUCUUUGUGAAAUGCAUAGCGUCGCUCUCUCGAUCUGUAUCUGAACUCCACCGGCCAGGGCUGAGCCUCAAUACGUGGUGCGCAGCAUACACCGCAGUCGCAGGCGGUACUUUCGUAACCUAUGCAGUGGCUGGACUCUCCUCUGCCAUCUGUCAAACCCGACUUGUUCGUCGAGCUCGCGAGCUGUUCUUUCGCCUAGUGCUGGGGCAGGAUGUGUCUUACUUCGAAAAGCACGCCGCAGCAUCGCUGACCAUACUCAUGAUCGGCGACAUGGCCUGUCUUCCAGGACUCUCGGCCGUAGGCCUAAGUCCCAAUUAUACUGGGGUUUUCAGCUUGUAUCUGUAUUUUCUUCUUGCUGUCACGCGCGCCUGGAAGCUGGCAUUGGUAUGCGCCUCCCCCAUACCACUUGUGUUUGGCAUGACGAUCCUCCGGAAACGUGUCCUUCCCCGUUUCCGAAAACAGAUGAAAGCAUUGUAUCGGACUCCGGCAGCGUUCAUUAGUGAAGUCUGCACUGCACCAGCCAUGAAGACCAUUGCCUCACUCGCAUGUGAAGACAAGAUAGAAGAGCGAUACGUCCGGCAGGUGCAAACACAAGGAUCAAAACUGGUCAAGGGACGGCAGAAGAACGCACUCGUGGAUGCCAGCACCCUUUCCUUGACAUUUUUCUGCAUGGCCCUUGCAAUCUGGUAUGGUGGCCAACUAGUGGUAGGCAAGGACAAGUACACUAUUCAGCAGGUCUUUAUAUGUAUAAAGGCCUUGACACUUGGCGUCCAAGAGCUGUCUAGUGGAAGACUUUCAGGUUAUAACCCUCAAACGCGUAAAGCGCGUGAAGCUGCAACAGCACUGAGAGAUCUGACAAUGCGGAGCCCUGAGAUCAAUGUUUGGAGUGAGAGCGGCCAAGUGCUUGAGUCACUAUCACCAUUGUCGAUUGAAUUUCGAAAUGUAUCAUUCCACUAUCCUGAAAGACCGGAGUGGGUCGUCGAGGACUUAAGUUUGAACAUACAAGCUGGGCAAUAUGUCGCUUUAGUGGGUCCCUCAGGCUGCGGAAAGUCGACAAUAAUUGCGCUUCUCGAACGCUUCUACGACCCGCAACAAGGCAGUAUCCUUGUAAACGGUAGAGAUAUUCGAGAAUACAAUAUCAAGUCAUACCGAGCUGCCUUAGCUCUGGUCGCUCAGGAGUCGCUGCUGUACCAAACAACCAUCCGCGAGAAUCUGUUAUUGGGGUUGGAGAACAACAUCGUCUCAGAGGCCGAGAUCGUGGAAGCAUGCAAAGAUGCCAGCGCUUACAGCUGCUAUAUGUCACUACCAAAUGGCCUUGAUACGUUGAUUGGCACACAUGGCUCCACAUUGUCAGGUGGUGAGAAACAGCGUGUAGCAAUUGCACGAGCUUUGCUGCGGAAACCCAAACUUCUUUUGCUGGACGAGGCAACAGCAGCUUUGGAUUCGAAGAAUGAAAAUGUCAUCAAAGCAGCAUUGGACUCGACUGUAGCCAAUCGAACGAGAACUACUGUUACAGUUGCACACCGUCUCAACACGGUAAGGGCAGCGGAUGUCAUUUACCUGUUAGAUGGCGGCUCGGUGGUCGAUCACGGCACAUUUGACGAGCUGUUAGAGAGAAACGGUACUUUUCGGCAUAUGGCCGAGCUCCAGAACUUGUUGAGCGGUAGCAGCAGCACCCCGCAGGAGUGA